ACCACCACACGAGCGGGACACGGGAACUAUUGCCUCAACUUGGUCGCAACGGAGGUGUGCCGAGUGAAAGCGAAAGGAUAAGACGUGUGUUCGAGGGCGUAUUGGGAAAGAUUAUAAGUUUGCCAAAAAAAAUAUAUAAGUAGAUGUGCUGUGAAGAGUAAAAAAAAAGAAUAAAUAAAUAAAUAAGAAGGAAAACCAACACUUAUCGAAAGAGAUCAGAAGUGGUGUUAAAAAUCUUAUCUAUACGUGGAAUAUCCCAGAAAAGUUUUGCCAAAAUGUCAAGUGAACUUUAAUACCCUUUAUUUAAAUGUUGGGUUGUGAAGCUAACGGAACCAACCGUCACUAAAAAAAUAAAUAAAUAAAUCCCCAAAAUCCAAGCUAUAAAUCUCCGGCAAACGUUUCCAGCAACAGCAUCAUGGGCGUGAGAAGAUCGUGGGCGUCGAGGGGCGGCUGGACGACGUUACUAGUCCUCCUGGUCGUGGGCGUACCUGCCUCGAGAGCGCUAAACAGGAGGUCGGCAGCAGCUGACCCCACGCCCGUCGCUAAGCCCAACCUUGCUGCCCUCAGCGGACUGGGCGGCCUCAGCGCGCUAGCAGGCGCAAACGGAGGCAGCGGCGGCAGUAGCUCUUGCAACAACCAGGACUUGCUCACAAACCUGCUGGUGUAUCAGUACCUGUCCGGCUCCAUCCCCGGCGGUUCAUCUCCCGGCUCAAACCCUGAACUGAGGGCGCUUCUGGGAUCGGCAUCGGCCACGACGACGGUGACCUCGGUUUCGACUUCGCUGACGACCCUCGUAGUCGAAGUGGAGCCGACGACGCAGUUCACGACCUCGACGACCUCCUACGUCACCACGCUGACCUCGAUCGAAACCAAGGUCAUCCCCGUCAUCUUCCGAGGCUCUAAGAUCACCACGACCGUCAGUGAAUCUUCGGAGGAGGUCAUCACUGCAACAGAAUACUUCACCGAGUCGUCCGUGUUCACGCCGUCCAUCGUCCAGACACUCCCGGUGCACAUCACAGUCACGGCCACCAGUACAAGAGGCUUGAAUGGCCGGUUCACCUUGGCCAACCUGACCCCUGGGCCGACUUCGGUCGUCCAUCAGCCGAUCUCCACUGCGACACUCGACCUCGACUCUACGGGUCUCGACCUGGCGAACCUCGAUCUCUCGCAGCUGGAUAUCUCUAGUCUGGUGGGAAGCAGCGCUGGAUCUGACCAGGACAGCAACCAGAUGCUCUCUGUUCUGUCGUCUCUCCUGCAGCAGUAUGACGACACUGGGGCACCCGCGCCCUCUGGCCUGGCCCCAAGCAUCUCGAACGACAGGAGGCAGCCAAGUGGGGGCUUCAGAAGCAACAGAUUCAGCAGCAGUGCCAGCAGCAGCUUCCAAGACGACUACGUGGACUACGAGGAGCCCGUUGACGACACGCCCAAGUUUAAUGUGCUGCGAGGCUUCACCCUGAGCGACCGCGUGGCCAGCUCCUCGUCGGGCGGAGGCACCGGAAGGGCUGCCACGGACACGCGCUACAGCAAGUUCCAGCGCAAGGAUCGCGUCACCAACAAUGGAAUCGCCACGACCGAAUCUAGUGCGAGGGACCGCGAGAGCGAGCCGUUCCAAGCCUCAACGAGACGCCAGUCAUUCUCCAGAGCGUCUGGGAAUCGUCGAACAACGACCGGAGGACAGAGGAGAAGCCGAGCUCCAAGUACCAGGUUCGUGCCGGCUACUGAAUCCCAGUACUUCGAGGAAGUCAAGUUCCGUCCAUUCGGUGCACGUCGGGAUCGGGAGACCACGUCCUCGCGGCGUCGUAGCGGACGCCUGGACGACCCAGAGCAGCCAGCCACGCGCAGCACAUCUGUUUCCAAACCCACACCGAGUAACGUGCGAACCACAGUCCUAACUAUGUAUCUCAGCGGCUCCGAACCUGGGGAGUUCCACACUUCUCUCCGUACCGUCACUCUGCGGUCCCUUCCCUCCAGUCGUAAUCGCCGAGACGUGGACCACCAGUCGACCACCAAGAUCCUCCCAACAGCCACAGAAACGCCAGCCGCGGCAGGAUACACGAAAGCCUUGGAUUUGCCCAAAGCCGCUGAUCCAAAGGAAAUAGUUCAAGUUUUGAAGUCAUUAGACUCGUCCCAGGUCAAACAGAUGCUAAAAUCGUUGCAGAAAUGGGUGGACUUCUACAGUCACGAAGUCCUCGACGAAUCCCACAACAACAUAGUUCCAGAGCUGACUUCGUCCAUCAACCUCGAGUCCUCAGGAGUGGAGAACGAGGCCACGACAGAACUGAACCUGACACCCACAGCAGUCACGGGUUCCCCUUCAGCUACGAACAACCUGUGCCACGCUCCCCCGACAGUCACCCAAACUGUCUACCGCACGAUGGUGGUUACGACGACGGUCUCGGAAGUCUGAGCAACUUAGGCUGACUUGAGACGUCCAAAAAGAAACUGUCAGGAUGUGGCGACGUCCCCUCAAGUCCCUCCUGGAGAGCGGCAGGUGGGGGACACCCAAUAGCCCGGUGGUAUUUAUGAGUGCGAAAUCCAGCCGAGGUUGGCAUACCAAUCUUGGCUGGUAUGCCGGUGCUGUACAUAGCUGUAUUGUAUGAAUCUCUAGCCUGUACAUAGCAUGUGCGUGUUCUCGUGUGGUCGUUGUGUGCGAGUGAGAGACCCACCCAGCUCAAAAUAAUCCAAAUGCCUCAAGGACGUCAAGGAUCACAGGGCCCGCGCCAAAGACCAGCGGCCCCGCGUGUCAUGACAAACGUUUAGCGUUAAGUGUUAUCCCUCUUUACGUAGGUCUAACUCGUGAAGCUCUUCCGGUGAUCACGUCUCACCUUUUUGCCUGUUUCCCUCUCGCCAGGAACUGAAACAGAAAGGAGUGAUAUAAAAAGCCAGAGGAGCUGUGACGGCAGCAAGGUACUGAAUUUCAUAGAGGUCAUGUUUUGUCUGGGGCGUCAAAAAUGGAUAUCAUUUGGAAAAAAAAACAAAUCGGUGAAUCGCUUUCAAGCAAAUUCGCUACCUCUCCCCUCAGCAGAAAAAAAGAAAAGUAAAUAUCAAAUCCCCUUACACAUUACCAGUCCUGUUAUUACUGAUAAAGAUACAUAACGGACGUCGUUUUACUGAUCGAAUGAAAUUACUCUGUAACGAAAACAUGACCAUAAUGGUUCAGGAACUAUGCUGUAGACUUUCGAAGUUAGAAGCAAUGUUGAUUUCCAGCCAGUGCUCUUCCAAUACUUCGUUGGAAAAGGUUUAAUAUUGGUAUGUAUCAUAUCAGGUCACUUUUGGAAAUAAAACUAAUUGUCAUAUAUAUUUUCUUAGUCAAUAUGUAUAUCAUUAAUAUUGGAAUCAUAUCUUGAGGAGACUUUCGGGUAUUAAAUAGUUGCAAAAAUGUUCAUUAAAAAAAAAAAAACCUGAAAAUUAAGAAUGUUAAUUAGAUAAGCCUUUUCUUCCCCUUUUUAAAAAUGUCUUUUUUUUGCCUGAAGUAUUUCCUCAGAUAUCAUUUCUCCCGAUUGUUAUUCAUAAACCAAUGUAUUCUCGAGUGUAUUCAGUAUUGUAUGUCUUGUUAAUUCUGUAGAGUCUAUAAUAUUUAGCCUUUCUGAAAAAAGUGUUCGUUUAGAGACACAUUUCUUUUCUUUUUUUAUGUAUGUAUUUAUCAUUUUUUUUCUUCCUUUAUUAUUAUUUUGCUCGAAGGGGCAUUUCUAUCAAAGGUUUGAUCAUUAGCAGUUUGCUGUAGUAACCUUGCAAUUUUGUAAGUAUUAUGUUAUUAAAAGAGAUGGACGUAGGUAUUUUCACUGACAAUGCUACUUCACCAAAGCUAAUGCCAGGACUGUAAGCUUUGUAUAUGAUUCUGCUUUGAUGAAGGGAUUAUAUUUCUGCAACCAAAUAAUAAAGUUAGAUUUUAUUUUUCAUUUUUUCAUAGAACUUUAGACAAAGGAAAUGUCACAAUCGAUAUUGUAAGAUAUACAAAAAUUGAUUUAUCGAAAUUCAUGGACUUAAAUUCUGAGAUAAUUGUAAUUAUAGAGUUCUCAGUGGUUCUAAAGGAAAAAAAAAAGAUAAUUAAGUAUGUGGAAUAUGUAUUUAAUUGAUACUGUGUGACACUUUUGAGUAGGAGAAUGGACCAUUUUUUUAUCUGAAUGAGUUAAAAAUCCCUGUACGGGGCAUGUGUAAAAUUAUGCACUAGAUUUAAGGUCUAUUACAGAGAGCAGGAAGAAGAAAAAAACACAGAAAGAAGAAAGAGUAGUGUUCGAUUGGCAUAAAAAAAAACAUUAAACAGUCUGUCAUGCUGAAUGAAAGGCAGGAAAGGAAAACGAACACAAAAGAAGAUUAUUCAAAAGAUAAAUUCCUUUCUUUGCAUAACUCUUACUUUGUGUAUCGUAUUUUUUUUCUCUCUCUCAAUCGAUUGGCAGAUAUUUCAAAAUCUGUAUCUAAUCUGAAAACCAAGACGAAAUCGAACGUUUUAUUUUUUGUAUAUGUAUAAUUAUCGGCGACGAGCAAAGGCCUCGUCAGUCCCUGUAUAUAUAUAUAUAGAUAUAUGUUUCCACAAGGUCUUUCUUCUGUGCUGGAAGAAGGCUGGUGACAUUGCUCAAGGAGGAAGACGUGUCUCAUGGGCACAGUUAGUCUUGGGAGCUGGCCAUCAAGAAACGAAGAGAUAUUUUAUUUAUUCAUUAUUGUGUCUUUAUCAUUUUGUUUUUUUAGAAAUUUCUUCCAAUUCUUCCUGUAAUAAUUUUCUUUCAAGAAUGUAUCAGCUGAACGGAUUGUGAAAUCUUGUUUAGGAUUAGAGAGCAAGAAAUGGGAAGCGACGAUUGGACCCUCGGAAAUAAUCGUGUAAUUAUGAACAAGAUUAUUAGGAAAAAAAAAUAUAUAUAUAGGAAUUUGACUUUCACAUAGUGAUGGACAGAGGGAAGAAAAAAAAGAAAUAACUACUAUCACGCUGCAAUUGACACUAGCAGCACGUGCAAUAGUGGAAUACAUCAGAAGGAGGAACCCGCAUGGAGGUCGAAGAAAAAUCAAUCAACAAACUUUUUUGUGGAAAUGCAAAAAAGAAAGAAAGAAAAAAAAAAGAAUUGAUUUUCAACGAACCUUCCAGGAGAUAAUAUUAAGGACAAACUCUAUUAUUUCGAUCAAUUUUAUUUACUUUCACCGUUAUAUCACUAAUAACUAAAGUGUAGGAUAAUGUAUAUAUGACUAUUUUAAGAAUAUGAAUAAACAUUUUCUAAUAA